UAAGUCAUUUCCCUAAAUAGCACUUAAAUUGUUUUACGCCCUAAAUAACACUUAAUAAUAUCCAUAAUGUCCUGUGAUGACGAAUAUUUACUUGAAUAAUGACUAAUGCAUAAUGACUAAAAGUGCUAUAUUAGGAAGAAAAACACAUGUAGUGCUAUCUAUGAAAAGUCAUUUUGUUUUAGUGCUAUUUAAGUAAAUUCUUCAAACAUAUAUUGUGAAAUUUCGUUAAUGAUAAAAGUGAAAUUGUUUUUUAGAAUAUUGUUUCUUCCUCCAUUUUUCGAACAACACUUUUCACAUCUAUAAAUUUGGCUCUUCCUCGUCCAUUUCCACCACCAUCCAUUCUAUUGUGUUUCUUAAUAUAUGCUUUCAUCUCUUCCCUUCAAACUUCCAAGUAAAGAAAAAUGACUAACCAUAAUGCGGUGGUUUCCGAUCCAAAACCCGGCGCAGCCUUGCCGGCCGCUGUGCCCGCCACCGCAGGGCCACCCGUUCGUGGCCGUUUCAUCACCGCAUUGUUUGAAUCCAUGAGGAACUCUUCGCCCUCCCGAAGAUCGGACGAUCAUAAUAAUUACCACUCUUGGAUAUCGAGUCAUCCCUCAGCUCUGGGCAUGUUUGAUGAAAUAGUGAAAUGUUCAAAAGGGAAGAAGAUAGUCAUAUUUCUUGAUUAUGAUGGUACACUCUCCUCCAUUGUUGAUGAUCCUGACAAAGCUUUCAUGACUAACGAGAUGAGAGAAGCUGUGAGGAGCAUUGCAAAGCAUUUUCCCACGGCCAUAGUGAGUGGGAGGAGCAGGGAAAAGGUACACGAUUUUGUUCAGUUAUCUCAACUUUACUAUGCUGGAAGCCAUGGAAUGGACAUCAAGGGUCCAACCGAAGGAAAUGCCGAGGCUGUUCUCUACCAACCCGCCAAAGAAUUUUUACCUAUGAUCGAUGAGGUAUAUAAUUUAUUACUGGAGAAAACCAAAUCUGUCGCUGGAGCUAAAGUGGACAACAACAAGUUUUGCUUGUCUGUGCAUUAUCGCUGUGUCGAGGAAAAGAGAUGGAAUGAACUUUGUGAACUAGUGAAAGGUGUGACCAAUGAGUACCCAAAGCUUGGAUUAUCUACAGGGAGGAAGGUUCUGGAGAUUCGUCCGAUGAUUGAAUGGGACAAGGGCAAAGCAUUGGAAUUUUUGUUGGAGGCAUUAGGUUUCGCGAAUUCUGAGGAUGUUUUGCCGAUUUAUAUUGGUGAUGAUCGAACGGACGAGGAUGCUUUUAAGGUUUUGCGGGAGAGUGGAGGAGGUGGCAUAGGAAUCUUAGUUUCCAGAGCUCCAAAAGAAACCAAUGCUUCGUAUUCAUUGAAGGACCCAUUGGAGGUGAUGUAUUUUCUCAAGCGAUUGGCUGAUGAUAUGGACUCCGGAAACAGUUCCUCUGGCGGCGGCGGCGGCGAUAAUGAAGAAUACGAUUCAUCACGCGGAGGAGAAGACCCGAUUUCCGGUUACUUCAUUGAUCAUUUUGAAUCUAAUGCCGGAUCUCAGCUCUUUCUGUCGUCACUCCCGCCCACUCUCACUUCUCCAUACUUCAACAAUAAUCACCAUAAUAAUCAACAGCAUGAUUUGAUUGGGCCUGGGCCUAGUCUCGCCGGGUUGCUAUUCGGAGGAUCCGAACCCGGUUUCGCCACUGGCCUUGCCGAUUUGGUGCCUGAUCCUACUUCAUCGCCAUCGCCGAUCCUCGUCGGGGCCCGUCAGCAAAACGGCCACUUUCUGGACCCGUCAUCGUCGGCGCAACCGGCGGUUGAGAAUCGAGGACCCGGGUCGGGCUCUGCGGCUCCGAAGAACCCCAAGAAACGGAGUCGGGCCUCGAGGAGGGCGCCCACCACCGUGCUCGCGACGGACAUCGCGAAUUUCCGGCAGAUGGUCCAGGAGUUCACCGGAAUCCCAGCGGAUCCUUUCUCUCGCCGGCUGGACCUCUUCUCCGCCGCCGCUUCCCCGUCAGCGUUAAUGAGGCCGGCCCAUUUCGCUGGUCCUCAUCUUCUUAGGCCAUCAACAUCGGCAGCCCAAAGUCCGGGGCUCUUGUUCAACACCGGGUCGGGUUCAAAUCCAGGUACUAAUAAUGCCAACAAUCUAGGUGUCACAACACAAGAUGAACCAGAUUUGCUCCACCAUCCACUCCUACAAUCGGGCAACCAGGAACCGAUUCUCAAGAGCAACCAAACUGAAGACCGAUCGAGCUGAUCGAAGUUACGGUUAGUGCCCAAGAUGAAUUGACGACCGAACCGUAUUUUUUCGGGUAUAACGUAUGUAUACUAUGUAAUAAUACAAUCACACGUACACAUGUUGCACUCACUUCUUGUCUUUAGAUGAACAAAUUCAUUGCCGCACUAAACAAUGUUG